AUGUCGAAAGUUGAUGUCGACCUGGGGGAUUCCUUGGCCAAGGUGCUCCCCACUGGGGUAAAGGUGACGAUCCGCCAUAUCUCGUCGGCCCCAAGCCCGUGUGCGGCCCUCUUCGCAGCUCCACCAGGCGAAGAACCCGAGUCGACUUUCUGUGAGAACCAUUUCCUUGCAGUCUCCAUUAGUCCCAAUGAAAAAGAGGAGUCGGAAGUGAUCGUCUUUGGCAUCGAAGUGCUGGUCUACGGCACCGCGCAUCUGACGACCAUUUUCGUCUCCAAGGCCGAUUCAACUGGCUACUUGCAUCUGCUGAAGAAUGCGCCCAAGGUCUCACUUCUCCGACUUAUCUCAAAUGCGUUUCUGUCAUUUCUUGUGCAGACCCGCCAACGGCCAGGAGUCCGGUUGAUGGUGUCGUUGUUUGCCCGGGCCCAGAAUCAGUACUUGUUUCCCGGAAGCAUCGAGAACCCCGAAAAGCAUGUCUUAGAUGAUCGCGGGUUGAUCAAAUGGUGGUGUCGUGUCAUUGACCCCAUCCUACGAGAAUAUGAGCCCGAGACGGGCUCUCAUGAAAAGGCACUGCUUGAUCAAACUAAGGAGUCGGCGAAGAGUUCAGCAACAGCGUUUCUGAUCGUUCCAAGAUGCGACAAGUUCGAGACUCGGGGCUUCUUCCCAAUCACAGCGAGGUCUGAUGACAAGGAUCGGCCGAGAUGGUUAAAUAGCUACCCUCUCCAUCAGCUCUGUGAUAAUCCCAACGCUCCGCCACGGUGUCUCGUUCCUCGCUUCCCAGAUGACCCCAAGACGCGCUUUCUGAUCGACUUGGAUGAUGAACUACCAGAGUCGACGGGAGCUGAAGGCUCCAAGGAGAAUUCCGGUCAUUGGCGAAGCGUGAAGUCUCUUGCGCAGUUUUGGGAGAUGAUGUCCUUUCGACAGGAAUGCUCGGCCGGCCGAUUAGUUGGGUUCUUGUGGCUUGUCAUUAAUCCGCCAGGUCUUGUCAAUUCAGUUCAGAUGACGAGCUCUCGUGUUGCUUCGCGGGGUGUUGAGAAGACUCUUUCUGAAUCUGCAGAGACAACCCACGAUGCGACCAAACAAAAAGAUGAAGUAGCGUCUGCGUCUGCUCCAUCGCAACCUCCCACAAGUGAUCUCCAGACAUCAUCAAUCACCCAACCCAGCGCCUCGUCUUCCGAUACACAUGCCAAAGUACAGCAAGCUACGGGCCCCAGUGCGUUCUUUUGGCCAGACACAGGCCGAGGACAUGCAGUCCUGAGUGAGGAAGACUAUAAGGCGGCAAUCAACUUUCUUAUCGAUCAAGACUUUGACACCAAGGAUAAGGCUAUCGCCAGCACCAAGGCAUGGGCCGAGAAAGUCGCCUCGCUCGCUGAUCAGCUUUGGGUUGGUCAACGGGUCGAGGGGAGAAAUGCUACGACGGAGUUGGGUCAGAAACCUAUAGACGCUACGACUGUCAUCAACGCAGCCUUUGUUCGAAAGCGCAAAACGGCCGAUGCGGAAAGCGACAAGCCAGGGCAGGUAGGAGGUACUCCAGGGGAUUCUGAAGAGGUCAACCGAACUCCCGUCCAGUCGGAUCAGGCACCCAGCGUGAAUGUGCUCAAUGCCAACCUGGUUCGAAAGAAGAAGAAGACAUGA